CUUUUUUUGGGUUGUAGUCCGCCAUAAAACCCACAGAAGAAGAAGGACGGCGUGACGUCACUAUUUACAUCUACAGGGCCUUUCUCUUCCUCAUAGUGUGAGGAAAAAGAGCUACCAAAAAUGACAACAGCCGCGAGACCAACGUUUGAGCCAGCGAGAGGAGGGAGAGGGAAGGGAGAGGGCGAUCUCAGUGCCUUGUCCAAACAGUACUCAAGCCGAGAUCUGCCUGGUCACACAAAGAUCAAAUACAGACAGCCCACCCAGGAUGCCCCCGAGGAGGUGCGUGCCCGUGACUUCCGCAGAGAGCUGGAGGAGAGGGAGCGUGUUGCUGUCCGGGAGAAGACCAGAGAGAGGGGACCUAGAGAACACACCACAUCUUCAUCCUCGUCCUCAAAGAGGCCCAGACUAGAUCAGAUCCCUGCUGCCAACCUUGAUGCAGACGACCCCCUCACUGACGAUGAUGAAGAAGAUGAUGACUCUGAGGACAGUGAUGAUGAUGACACUGCAGCUCUGCUGGCUGAACUGGAGAAGAUCAAGAAGGAGCGGGCUGAGGAGCAGGAACGCAAGGAGCGGGAGCAGAAAGCUGAGGAGGAGAGGAUCCGCAUGGAGAACAUCCUGAGUGGGAAUCCUCUGCUCAACCUGGCAGGACAGCAGCAGCAGCAGCAACAGAUAGUCCCCACCCCGACUGCCUUCAGCGUCAAGAGGAGGUGGGACGAUGAUGUAGUGUUCAAGAACUGUGCAAAGGGAGUGGAUGAGGCACGCCGGGAGAAACGCUUUGUCAACGACACUCUGCGCUCCGAGUUUCACAAGAAAUUCAUGGAGAAAUAUGUGAAGUAGAACUUACAACUCUGCUUUGAAGGUGUUUAAUUUCACUCGGCUCUGCUCUGUUUCCAGUUCAUCACUGACUGAUAGGGAUUCGUCUGAAAACAUUGAAUGAACCUGAAGAAUGGAGGGACCCCCACACACCGACCGAAUCCUCUGUAUAUAAAUUAAUCUAAUGCUUGACAUAAACAGAUUAACUAAUUUUGUUUAGUGUUAACAGCAUUUUCUACCCUUGAAAGAAAUGGUUGCAAUUGCGACAUCGUCAACUUUUUGUUAUUUUGCUUUUAGCCUUUUUUUUUAAGCGAUGUUAAUAAAAACAAUAAAUAAAA